AUGGCCAAUUGGGAGAAGACACAGAGGUCGCCCCAGGAUCUGCGGGAGGGAUUAUAUCUCCAAGUUGGUCUGGGAGUGGCUCAGGAUCCCUCAGUGGAGGAAACUGAAGGGGACAGGGUCAUCUUGCCUAAUACUGGCUUUACUACAUACCAGUUCCCAGUGACUGCCUGUGGUACCACUGUAAUGGAUGAAGGUAAAUAUGUGGACAACAGAAUGGCAUCCUCUCAUGAAGUCAGAAUUGGCCCUUUUGGUGCGAUCACCAAAGACAGCCAUUAUGAGCUGACUUGCUCUAUUCCACUCUUUUCUGACUUCUCUUCCAGGACUAGUCUGGAAGCACUUGUUGCGGAAGUCAACACUGUUCCUCUGCCACCUAACAUAGCUGUAUCUGGACACCUGAGAGUGGAAUUAAGACUAGCAAAUAGUCAACGUACUACCAAGGGAUGUGCUGCUGGUAGGCUAGCAUACCUAACCUGUAACUACUAUAGUGAUGCUGACUACCCAGUUACAAAAGUUCUGCAGGACCCUGUGUAUGUGGAAGUCCAUGUCUUGGAAAGGACUGAUCCCAAUAUUGUCCUCAUGUUGGGACGCUGUGCACCUAGCCCUCUCAGCCUUCCUUAGUGGGACCUUUUGGUUGAUUUGGACCUUUUGAAAUGCCCAUAUGAGGAUGAUCGUUACCUGACCACCUUAGUUGCUGUAACUGAAUCAUCUGUUCUACAGUUUCCAACUCAUUAGAAGCGGUUCAUUCUCAAGAUAUUCACCUUUGUACAUCCUACAUCAGUGGCUCCUCUAAAGGAGAAGGUCUUUAUACACUGCAGUACAUCAGUAUGCACACUAUCACAGAUGGAUUCUUGUGUUCAGACCUGCAGCAGAAGAAGAAGGGAUCUUGGGCCCAGCAAGGAUGUUGCUCGAGAAACUGUUGUGUCCACUCUGCCUCCAAAGCCCCUCCCUGCAGAGGAAGUAGAGGAGGCAGCCAUGCAUGUGCAGUCGAGCAACCAUGUGACUAGCACACUUAUUUCAGUGCUUAGAUCAAAGGAGAGAUGGGCAGCUUUUUUACUUGCUGGUGGUUGUUUAUCCACCAAUUCUUUUCCUGAGCGUUUCCUGAGGCAAUGCGUGGGGGGAAGGGCUGCUGCCCGCAACCUGUGCACAAGCAGUGAUUGA